AUGGCAACCCCAGGUGGAGGAUAUGGGGUCUUUCAGGGAGGAGAUCCCAAUUCUAUGGGAUUCCCUGGAACCCCACAACCACCCCAGCCAUCACCAAAUCCCAUGAUGAUGCAGUCCCAAGGUCAGAUGGGGAUGCAGUUUGGAGGAGGAGGUCAGUAUGGAUAUGGAGGUCAGGGAGCAGGUGCAGGAGAACCAGGGGGUUUCUUUCCUGGGGGAGGUGGGCGGUAUUCCUCUGGUGCCCCUGGACCCCAGCCACAGAUGACUGGACCCCAGUACUCUUGGCCCCAGCAGCAGCCACAACAGCAAGUUACCUCAAGUCCAGCACAGUAUCAGCCUCCCAGUCAAUACUAUCCAACCCAGUCUCAGGCUCAGGCUCAACAGUUCUCUAUGGCCCCCAGGUUCCCUCAGCCACCAAAUGGAACAAUGCAAGGAGCAAGCACAAGUGCAGAGCGCAAGACCAAGAUUGUGAACAGUCUCCAGACCAUUCGACAUCUCUUUAAACGCCUCCGUGUCCUUUAUGACAAGGCAAAUGAGAACUGUGCCCAACUUGAGGACCUACCUUCAGAGAAGCUGAUACCAUUCAAAGAUGAUCCAGAGAGUGGAAGUCGUUUUGAUGAUCGUAAGAUGUCAGACGCAGUGCGGCAGGCUACCGAGGAGCAUCGUUUCCUCAUGGAGGUGAGGGGACAUGCCAUAAGCAGGGAUCAGGUGUGGAAAGGAAAUGGAAAAUGUGGGAAAAUGGACCCAACAGGCAGAAACCGUGAUCGCAGAGGCAUCUAUUGUGGUGCAGAAAUGUGCAGUUCCCCGUUCAACGAAGGCGAAAGGGGAUGA